AUGGGUUGGAAUUAUUUAUUUCAGGUUCUUGAUUUGUUUUAUAGUAUUUUAAGCUACUUGCCGCUCGAAAAUAUUGUACAUUCAUGUGAUUUAGUUUGCAAAGGAUGGCACCGAACGAUUUCGUUCGAUGAUAACGGAAUAUCACCAUGGCCAUCCUUUUACAAAUCCUUUUUUGUUUAUCUGACUAACAUCACGCCUACUUGUAAGGUUUUCCAAAGAGAAGAGUUACUCCGAAUUCUUGAUGCUAACCAAGAUGAAAAUUUAGAAAUAGAUGAAGAGCAUAUUUUUACCAUUCAAGAUUUUGAAUGUAGAAAUAAUAUGCGAAUGCAGUUAUUGUCACAAAUUAAGAAUGCAGUUGCAGCUCCUUUUGAUUUGAGAUCCAAGCAACAAGCAAUGCUGAUAGCGUCAAAUUAUAUUUUUUCACUAAGAUAUUGUAAUAUUGUGCGGGAGGGUGAACGUUAUUAUUCUGAGCCAAUAUGGGCUCACAGCAUGACAAACAUCCAUGUUACAAUUCCGCACUUUUUAUCUCAAAAAGGCGAUACUACCAUGGCUAAACGUAGUGCUUUUAUGUGGUGUGAAAUAUCCUGUUUGACUUGGUUUUUAAAUACCAUUUCUGAUAUUAUCAUCGAUUCUGUACUGUUGACAAAACGAAAAAACAAAAUAUGGACUUUAAUUCAUACGAGAGGGAGAAAUACCGAAAAAGUCAUUAAGCAUCCACAGAAAAAACAAGGAACCAAACAGAGUGUUGAUAUUCGUACGGAAUGGAGCUUUGUAAGCUCACGUGCAAAGACAGUAGAAUACUCCAAAGUUGUAAAACCUGCUGAAGACGAGGAGGAGGAGGAUGAAGAUGAAGAAUACAUAUCUACCGAUGUAUGGUCAAAUAUUAAGAAAAAGAAAGCGUUAAACAAACGAAAGCAAUAUGUAACAACCUAUGAAGGGAAACUGAAAGUCUUAUGGAUACCUGCCAAAAGUUUUCGAUCUGAACGUUUUUUAACAGAAUUUGACCAACACUCGCUGGAAGAAGCACCAAAAAAACUCACAAAAGAAAUGAAUGCUCUUGUUGUGGAUUGGAUAGUUAAAUUAGAGAAAUUACGUCUUUUGAAAGUUGACUUUAUUCUUCAUCAUGCUAUGAGAAUUUUAUACUUCUUGCAUACGGGGCAUGUAGAAGGUAAGAUCACUGAAGUUGCUUGUCUGCAAUUUCAAACCCCAAAUCAAGCGGAAAAGCUACUACAAAAACACCAGCUCAAAAAUGUUAAAGAGUGGAAGCAAUGUAUCAAACAACAAGUCACAGGUAGUGAAACUGUGCUCUAUUUUGCAUAUUUAUUCUCUCUUGAAGAUGCGAAAGCAAUUACUCUGUUGAAUUUGAGCAUUAAUGAUCAACACGGAUACGAACUCAAAAAGUUUCAAUUUUAG